UUCAGUUUGCAUAGCAUUAACACUAAGCAAACCAAUAAUUGCAUUUGGUGUUUUGGUGUACUACUAUUAUUUUGAAUUUGUGUUUAAAUUAAUUUAAAUAGAUAUUACUUUGAAAAAUGGGUUCGCGUAAACGACGGCGUGAACGUGAUGCAUCUCGUCGCCACAGACGGUCACAUUCUCGUUCAUCAUCGGGCAGUCAUUCACGAUCAAGGUCGCCAAUUGCACCUCCGCCACCGAGUAUUUCUUCAAAAAAUACUCGAGAGAGAGACGAAAAAGAAGAAAGACGACGGAGUCGUGACAGAGACGAAAAAGAUGAACGACGACGGAGUCGAGACAGAGAUGAAAAAGAUGAACGACGACCAGGUCGAGAGAGAGAAGAAAAGGAAGACCGACACCGUCACAGACACAAGGAAUCUAAGCGAAAACAUCAUCAUCGCGAAAGAAGUCGUGAAAGAAGUCCUCUUCGAUCCAGACGUUCAAAACAUGAACCAGAUCAUCAUAGUGACAGUUCCGAUUGUGUUGAAGUGCCAUUACCGCCACCCGCUCCAGUCAUUUCAAAACCAGCUAAAUCAUCAUCACCAAUUCCCGAGAAUGGUGCCGGUGAUUCGCUUUCAAUUGAAGAGACAAAUAAAUUGCGUGCAAAAUUGGGUUUGAAACCAUUGCAAAUUGAUUCAAAAGAAGGCGCAUCAUCGUCGUCAUCGUCAAAGAAAAAGACCAAUGAAGCCGGUGAUCCAAUGCACAAAGAUGAAUGGGGUGAGUUUUACCAUAAGCCAGCGAAUAAUAUUUCGGAAAAGUUACAAGCGGAAAAAUUACGUGAAAAGUUCCGUCAGAACAAGCAGAAACGAGCGUUGGAAACGAAAAUGAAAUCGAUUAAAACGCUUGGUGAAUCAGAUGAAGAUGAUGAUAUUUCCAAAUGGGUUGAUUCGAGCCGAGAAAAGGAGAAGCUAAAAGCAGAAGCUCAACGACGGGCCAAAAUUCUAGAAGAAAUGGACGAUGAAUUUGGCGUCGGUGAAUUAAUUCAAGAAGAGACACGGCGAGAAAAGAAGAAAAUCUAUUCAGAGAAUAAUUUGAAGGGGCUGAAAGUGAAUCAUGAUUUAGAUGCAUUCACUGAAGGCAAAUCGAUCAUUUUAACGCUUAAAGAUCAUGAUGUUUUAAACGAAGAAGAGGGUGACACACUCGAAAAUGUAAACAUGCUCGAUGAUGAACGUUAUCGUAAGAACAUCGACAAUAAAAAACUUAAUCCAAAUCAAUAUGGAUACAAUGUGUAUGACGAAGAGGUGGACGAAUUUGGUAAUCCAAUUCAGCGUGACGUUCUCAGCAAAUAUGAUGAAGAAAUUGGUAAAAAGAAAAAGAAAUCCUUCACCAUUGGACACGAUGUUGAGGAAGAAAUUGCACAAAAACGUAAAUUACAAGAGAUUAAAUCUAAACUAGCUGGUAAACGAUUGGAAACGCUUAACGAACAAUUGAUUGCUCCAGCUUCCGAUACGUUCACCGAAUCCGAACUAGCCACAUUCAAAAAGCCGAAAAAGAAGAUAAAAAAAUUACGCAAAAAAUUGAAGGCUGACGAUCUUGAACCAUUGCCGACUGAUGUUGACUCAUCAAAUCAUCGCAAACGAGAUCCCAACCGUCAUUUAUCUGAUGUGCUUGAUACAGACGAUGUACCCGAUAUCAAAGAUGAUAUUAAAAUUGAAGAAGAGGACAAUGAACUUGAACACAUUUUAUCAAAGGCGAGACGCUUAAAACAAGCAGAAUCAUUGAAAACAUUAAGUUUGGACCCGAGCAAAAUCAAGGCUGAAGUGAAAACCGAACCAGAUUCAGACGAUGAAACAAAUAUAAGUGGCCAAACUGAUUUUAUCACAUUAAAUCAAACGGCUGAAUUUUGUCGAACACUUGGUGAUAUUCCAACGUACGGUAUGUCGGGUAAUCGAGGAGUUGAUGCAAAUGAAAUAAUGGACAUUGAAAGUGAACAUGAAGAUGCAGCAGAACCCAUGGAAGAAGAAGAACAAAUCACCGGCACUUGGAAUUCAGUCAAUCCAGAUUUGGAGCUUCCGCCGUGUGAGGAAAAUCUUGAAGUGGCCGAAGUGGCCAUUCUUGAUGAGGAACCAGACGUUUCGGUUGGAAUGGGUGCUGCAUUAAAGUUAGCCCUAUCAAAGGGUUAUCUUGAGAAAGAAGAGUCAAAUCGACCGAGUAAUACACGAAUGGCACAUUUGCAAGCGAAAAACUACUCAAUUGAAGAUAAAACGCAUGGUGAGGAUGAUAAAUUCAAUCGUCGUGAUCGCUUCCACAGUGGCCCAAUGAGCGAUUUCAAAGAAAAAGAUAACUACAAACCAAAUGUGAAAUUAGAGUACAUCGAUGAUAGUGGACGGUUGCUGAAUGAGAAAGAAGCCUUCCGUUAUCUAUCGCAUAAAUUCCAUGGCAAGGGGCCUGGUAAGAAUAAGAUUGAAAAACGUCUUAAGAAAGUCGAACAAGACGGACUCAUGAUGAAAAUGAGUUCGACAGAUACACCGUUAGGUACAUUGACCAUGCUGCAGCAUAAACAGAAGGAAACACACAGUCCAUUCAUUGUUCUCAGCGGAAGCAAGCAGGCACAGUCAACUUCAAUCACAAAACAUAAAUAAAUGUCAGCAUUGCAAUGAAAUUUUUUGUGAUAAAAAUUUCUAUAAUCCUUUAAAAAGAGAAUGAACCUUUUCGUUUCUCGUAUUUAGAAUAAAUUCGAAAGAUAUAAAAAAAAGAAAAAAAAACUUGGAAUAAAAACUAGAAAUUAAUUCGCAAAUUCAA